UUUCCGCGUUUCAUCUCUCAUUGAUGUCUGUCAUGCGUCUUUCCUAAUCCUGCUAUAGAUGGGCAGGUGAAAGCAGGUAGGCUCUAGGACCACGCGAUCACCAGCACCAACACAUGGAAGACGCAGGCGCCUGUGAGGUCUUUAAAAAGCAGCAUCUGGCGGCAGAAGGGUGCACCCAGUGAAAGGACUCACCGUCAGUGGGUCAGCUGCCCCUACCUCAAUGGCGUCCCCGCGCAUCGUGACAAUAGUGGCCCUCUCAAUGGCGCUUGGGCUUUUCUUCGUCUUUAUGGGAACCAUCAAACUCACCCCCAGGCUCAGCAAGGAUGCGUACAGCGAAAUGAAAAGAGCAUAUAAAAGUUAUGUGAAGGCUCUCCCAGGACUGAAAAAACUUGGCAUUACCUCUGUUUUUCUUCGGAAGACCAUCGGCUCACUUGAACUGGCCUGUGGAAUCGUUCUAACUCUAGUUCCUGGACGACCGAGGGAUGUGGCCAACUUUAUCCUACUCAUUCUGGUUCUUAUUGUCCUAUUCUUCCACCAGCUUGUUGGAGAUCCUUUGAAACGAUAUGCACAUGCACUAGUGUUUGGAAUACUACUCACAUGCCGCCUUCUUGUAUCCCGCCAACCAGAAGAGGAGAUGGCCUAUGAAAAGAAAGGGACAAAAGGAGGCAAUGGAAUACACUCUCGAGAAGCCGGCAAAAUGAAAGUGUCUUAAAGACAAAUUACGAUUUUUAUAUCAUUUUAGGAAGAACCACCAGAGCUAAUCCAUUGUCCCCUUUAUCCUAUGACACAAACCAUAAUGAUAUCCAUUAUACUUAAUGAAAAUAAACCUGUCAGCACAUGUAAUACAAAUCCUGUGACUCCCAAAUCCACACUUCUCGUUGCAUAGAAUUCAUAUUUAAACAUUUUACAUUCAACUUAGUGUUACAUUUUUAAAUAUCUCAGGAAGGUCUAUGUGGAAAGUGGAAGAUUUGUUGGCUACAGCAAUGUCAUAAUCUUUGGGACCAGAUUUCUGAAAUAAACUAAAACAAUAUAAACUGGGACAA